UGUGCGGAAGGGUUCACUCGGUUAUCUGACCUAAUGGCUCACCAGCGAGUUCACACCGGGGAGAGGCCGUUCAUCUGCUCAGACUGCGGGAAGGGAUUCACUCGGUCAUCUGACCUACUGGUACACCAGUCAGUUCACACUGGGGUGAGGCCAUUCACCUGCUCAGACUGUGGGAAGGGAUUCACUCAGUCAUCCCAAUUGAAGGUACAUCAGCGUGUUCACACAGGGGAGCGGCCGUUCACCUGCUCAGACUGUGGGAAGAGAUUCUCUUGCUCAUCCCAACUGAAGGUACAUCAGCGAGCUCACACUGGGGAGAAACCGUUCACCUGCUCAGACUGUGGGAAGGGAUUCACUCUGUCAUCCCACCUACUGGUACACCAGUCAGUUCACACUGGGGAGAAGCCGUUCACCUGCCCAGACUGUGGGAAGGGAUUCACUCGGUCAUCCAACCUACUGGUACAUCAGCGAGUUCACACUGGAGAGAGGCCAUUCACCUGCUCAGACUGCGGGAAGGGAUUCAGACAUUUAGCUACCCUACAAGCACACCGCUCAGUUCACACCGGAGAGUGGUCGUUCACAUGCUCAGACUGCGGGAAGGGAUUCACACGGUCAGCUAGCCUACAAGCACACCAGUCAGUUCACACUGGGGAGUGGCCAUUCACUUGCUCAGUGUGUGGGAAGGGCUUCAUUCGGUCAUCCGACCUACUGGCACACCAGUCAGUUCACACUGGGGAGAGGCCAUUCACCUGCUCAGUCUGUGGGAAGGGAUUCACUCGGUCAUCCCAACUGAAGGUACACCAGUCAGUUCACACUGGGGAGAGGCCGUUCACCUGCUCAGACUGUGGAAAGACAUUCACUCAGUCAUCCUACCUACAGAGUCACCUACGAGUUCACACUGGAGAGAGACCAUUCACCUGCUCAGUCUGUGGGAAGGGAUUCACACGGUCAUCCCAAUUGAAGGUACACCAGUCAGUUCACACUGGUGAGUGGCCGUUCACCUGCUCAGACUGUGGGAAGGGAUUCACUUGUUCAUCUGAACUGAAGGUACAUCAGCGAGUUCACACUGGGGAGAGGCCGUUCACCUGCUCAGUCUGUGGGAAGGGAUUCACUCAGUCAUCCCAUCUACUGACACACCGGUCAGUUCACACUGGGGACUGGCCGUUCACCUGCUCAGACUGUGGGAAGGGAUUCACUCGGUCAUCUCAACUGAAGGUACAUCAGCGAGUUCACACUGGGGAGAGGCCAUUCACCUGCUCAGACUGUGGGAAGCGGUUCACUUGGUCAUCUCAACUACAGAGACACCAGCGAGUUCACACUGGGGAGAGGCCAUUCACCUGCUCAGAUUGUGGGAAGGGAUUCACUCGGUCAUCUCAACUAAAGAGACACCAGCGUGUUCACACUGGGUAGAGGCCAAUCUCCUGCUCAGACUUUGGGAAGAGAUUCUCUCAGCCAAAUCAACCAAAUGUGCAUCAUUGAGUUCACACUGGGGAGAGGCCAUUCACCUGCUGUGAAUGUGGGAAGAGAUUCACUCAGUCAUCUAUCCUUAUGUAAAUCCGGCUUCGGCUAGCAGCUUAAUAUAGAGAGUGAUAGCCCCCAGCCUGGCCAAACUUAAGAAAUCUUGUUUGGGUGGGUGCUGCGUGAUGUGUUCCCUGUUACAAAUCAGUACCCCAAAAUAACAGGCGAUUAAACAAUUGAGCUUUAUAAUUCUUACUUUGACUAUAAGGUUAGUAAAGAAAAGCAAAAAAAGAAGGGCCCUCUCUCAUCAUUCGUGUCUUCUCCUCUCUCUCUGGCAAAAGACUGCAAAAAUCUCUCUUCCAGACUCACAAGAAAGAACAAUAUUUCUCUCAUUGGAUAGCCCCGCAUUCCAAAACCCUGUUAUCUCUAGUCAUAACUUGAACAUUGCUGCGACAGAGAAACCAUUAGCUCAGCAGUGAAACAUUGCAGAGAGGCUAUUACGUUAGCAGUGAAACCUUACAGCAUGUUACACUUGUGACACACUAGCGGGUUCACACUGGGGAGAGAGUUUCAGUAAGCUUCAUGCUGGAUAUUUAUCCAUCACCGUUGCUGAAUGCAAUUUCGAGAGUGACUGUCGGUGCUGAACUCUGCAAUUAUUGUUGCUGCUCACCACACCCAGUUCUGCACCCUGGUCACUGAGCAUGGGAGGAGUUUCUUCUGCUGCACAUUCACCUUUAAUGGGACUGGAGUUCAAUAUAAUGCAUCUGCGACAAAUAGAUCUAUAUUAAACUCUGUCUUUGGUACUUAGUGAAUUUAUAACACACCUAGUGUACAAUAGAGAGUCAACUCAGUCCUGCUGGACCCUGCCGGUGAUUCUGUUCCACGACAGUCCUUUUAAAUCCUCCCCUGUUCACCUCUCGCUCUCCCUGUGGGAUGGGUUCCAAACAGUCACCACUCUGUGGGUGAAGAGGUUUCCCUUGAAUUUUCUGCAGACUGAAGAAGUCCAUCUGACUGCAGUUCUCUCCCUGACAUGUUCUUCGCCGCUCUAAUCUCUGGGCUGAGGAAGAAUGACAUUGGUAGUUAACCUCCUUAUUCAGGGCUCAUUUCCACAUUAUGGGUCAUUUUCACUGCUUUUGAAGGGUUUUUAGAAAACACCACUGUCCUCUAAAGACUCAUAGCAGAAUGGGAAACCAUUUGUUGGAUGUUCAACGGAGCACAGUCAGAAACCAAAGGCAGGUCUGCACAGGGCAGAGUUUGGGGCUCGGGAUGAUGGUUGGGGUAAGAACGUAUGAUGAGGAAAAGGAAAUCAGCAGCGAGGCGUGGUAAUGAAUGACAGAGUAGCAACACUUGGAAGCUAAUUGACAGAGAAAAUAAUUUGGUUGUCUGGCUGACGACACAAACAGUGCCUGUGGUGAGGUGCCCCAUUAGUUGAGGCAUACGUGUCUUGAGAAUGGCUAUAUCUAUUGAGAGAGUUGUUCUUGCUUGUUUAUCCUGUAAUAUUAUAUCCAGAUGGUUAUUUAUGGAUUAUCCUAUCUGUAAUAAUGUAUUGAUUUAAAUAUAAAAUGUGAGAUUCUGUCUCUAAUUGGAUCAGGCUUGAAUUUAUGGUGCAUUAAUGAAGUUAUGGUGGUCAUUCAUGAGUUUGUAUUUUAAAGCAAAAUUUUGAUGAAUGAUAUUUACCACUUGAUUGUACCUGAAUAAGUAAUCAGAUUGAGUUAAAUUGCUGUGGGAUCUUGGAAUGUGUUGGAUUGUGUCUGGGUUCUCUUGGCAUUUUCUGCAUUUAUCGCCUUGUUUGUAUUGUAUGUAUUUUUGAUUUUUUUUUCUUUCUUUUUGUUAACCACCUUGUCCUGUAUUUCUGUAAGGAACCCCUCUGUUUCUGGGAAGAUGUCUUCAAAUCUCAGUCCGGUGCUCGAUGCUUCCUUGUCAACAUCUAGUCUGCUCAGAUCUUUGGAAUGACUCCCAUGGAGGGUCAUACUCAUUCCACUGGUUAAUGUUUUCCUCCAUAGUGAUAAUACAUUUUUCUGAGUUAGCCUCUCAUUUAAGUUUUCUGGUCUGUAUUUCUUAUCAGGAUUGCAUAUACAGACAUGGAUUGUUGAAUCCUGUUCAUUUUUCUUGAAAAUAUACACUGAAACUUUUAUCUGACUGUUGUGUGAUUUAUUUUAAAUGUGUGUUAUUCCUCUUCCUCCUUCCGUCCAUGGUAGUGUUAAUCUAAGUGGGUCUGAGUGUAAAUAGACUUUUCUAAAGUUGUCCUUUCAGGUCUUAUUUAUCUUCGUAAAUUUUACUGAUUUAAGUGGGACCAAGAUAUUUUCAUUAAAAAAAAAGUCAAUGUCGGUAUUGAUGAAGGUGUUUAUUGCCUUUGUUGUAUUUGUCAACUAUUGAGCUCUGUUUGGCAGGAUUUUUGAAGCCUUGAAAUAAAUUUUGUCGAAGGUUUUCC